AUGGCUCCACGGGGACAAGCUCUGCCUCAAGCAGCAACUGAGAGCGCACGAGAAGCUCGAAAAUCCUUCUUCUGUGAAUUGUGUCAGAAGGGAUAUGCCCGAAUGAACGAGUUCGAAGCACACGAGGGCUCAUAUGACCAUCAACAUCGGAAGCGUCUCAUGGAGAUGCGGAAACUGACCAAAGACCCAUCAGCUGCGGCCAGAGCUCGUGCAGCAGAAGAACGACAGGAUGCUGAGGGUGGUUUGAAGUCCAUCUCGGUGCCUUUGGGAGGAAGCAGUAGCUCUUCAAGCCAGAGUGGCGUGAAGAAGAAGCCGGUGUUCAAGUCCACGCUGCAGCCGCAGAACGCAGCAAUAGUGCCGUCGAAACCG